AAGAAGAAACUGUAACCAUGAGUGGAAGGGGCAAAGGAGGCAAGGGACUCGGAAAAGGAGGCGCCAAGCGUCACCGUAAAGUUCUCCGCGAUAACAUCCAGGGCAUCACCAAGCCCGCCAUCCGCCGUCUGGCUCGCCGUGGCGGAGUUAAGCGUAUCUCCGGUCUGAUCUACGAGGAGACCCGCGGUGUGCUGAAGGUGUUCCUGGAGAACGUGAUCCGUGACGCCGUCACCUACACCGAGCACGCCAAGAGGAAGACCGUGACCGCCAUGGACGUGGUGUACGCUCUGAAGAGGCAGGGCCGCACUCUGUACGGCUUCGGCGGCUAAACUCACUCCCAGCAACCGAGACAACAACGGCUCUUUUAAGAGCCACACACCUCAGAUAAAGAGCUCUGUUCUUAAUGGUGUCUCAGUUUUUCUCUGAUCACUAGAAUCACAGUAAGUUUGAGCUCAACUUUUUAUCUUCUCUAAGAAGAACAGCUUAAGACUUAGAAAUUAAAACAAAAAGAGGAAACAAUGGUUGC